UUUUGGGAUGGCAACCGCGCUUGGUUGCUUCGCAGAGGAUUCGCUCUGUACUCGUUUGAAGACAUUCCUCCAGGACGAAAACUUAGCUUCGCGGACGGCAAGAAGUGGUGUACGCCAAAAAAUGCACCGCCCAGCGAGCCUGUGGUACUGCCGUGGGCUAAGCACGUGAGAGGGGUGCAACGGCCGACAUUCAGGCUCUGGGUACGCCUGCUUUUACGUCCUUGCACAUCAAGCCAUGACGCGCGGCCUCAGUAUCACAUUGCUCCGGCCAGGGAUUUCUCUGGCAGGGACCUCAUUCUCAAGCCCAUCGCCCGAGACAGCCGAGAAUAUGCGAUAUGCAAAUUCCUGCUGACUGCCGCGGAUUACACCGAUCCGUCAACGUUUCCUUGCAUCAUCCCCCCUCUGGCCGUGCUGGAUACUCCUUACGACUACUCGAUCUUGUGCAUGCCAAGAUGGUCGGAAGUGACGUGGUUAGACGACGUCGAAACUCCUCGUGAGUUUAUCUGUCUUGCCAUUUGCUUGCUGCGGGGGCUUGAUUUUCUCCACUCCCACCGAAUAGCUCAUCGGGACAUCGUCCCAUGCAACAUGCUCGCCAACUGCUACAGACCAGACGACGACGACGACGACGUGCUGAGAGCCGAUCUCAGAGAGCGUCGGGGUCGAGGCGAUUGCGAGAACAUACUCGCUUUGAUGGACUUCGACAAGUCCAUCCUCCUUCCUCCCAACACGUCGUUGAUCAAUUGUCGUCGGCCGUCGCUGGAAGCCACAGGGGAUGGUUUCUUCGCCCCCGACGACAUCGACUACGGAGCGCCGUACUACAACCCGUUCGCGUACGAUGUUGCGACUCUGGGAGGUAUCUUCAGAUACUGCUAUGCGGAUAUGGCGUCCGUCGUCCCUUCUUUCGCCCCACUUUUUGACAGAAUGACGACCCAUCUGAUGCGAGAGAGAUUCACGGUGGAGGAGCUUUGUGCUUCUUGA